GUGACGUUCGCCAUGCGCCCUCGAACGCCAUGACUCAACAGGAGAGUGACCGAGCCAUCGACACUCUAGUAGCGUUGUUGCAGAGCCUUAAACAUGCCGAUCACCAGGCUGCUUCGAAGUCUGCAGUGGACAAAUUAACACAGUUGAAGAACAAUACACUGGCUAUAACAGACGAAGAUGUAACGAAGAUUCUUGAAGCAUUCAAAGAAAGUUUGACAGAAGAAAUCAAAAGAAUUCUCUUAGACGAAAAGGACAAACUUGUAGUUACAAUGGAGAACACGGGCAAAAGCAUCACUGCAGAAAUCAUAAAAGCUGGAGAAGAACAAAUUGCGAUUAUAAAGAGGACAAAUGAAGAAAAUUCAUGCAUAAAAAGCAAACGUGCAAGCAAGGGCUUGGACUCGGACCAAGAUCCAGGAAGAACUGGCAAUGACAUUGCACCGGGCGCAUCGAUUGAGAGUCCAUUUGCAAGAGACAGUCCAUUAUUCAAAAUUAAGGCCUGGUUAAUAGAACAGUACCAGUCGAAUUGUGUCGCGCCGGUGUCGAUGCUGGAUCCUGACAUAGAUGUACCUUUAGAACGGAUCUACGUUCCCCCGUCCAUCAACGAACUUAAGAGAGGCCAGGAAGAUAGAUGUGGCGGGAUUGAGACGGACAAUACAUCAAGGGGGGAAGCCGACGUGAGUUGCUACAAAGAGUUGCUUCAUCGUGACGGGAAUCAGAUUAAUACAAUUUACAUCCAAGGCGAUCCGGGUUGUGGCAAAACGACCUUUUCAACAAAACUGGUUCUUGAUUGGUGUAAUGUCCAUUCGGAAAAUAUUAUCAGCACUAAAACAAAUAUCCCGACAAUGACCACUUCCAGCAAGGAGACGUCGAAAGAAACACAUUUCAGCGAUCUUGACGCUUUGCGAGACUACACAUUUCUGUUCUUUGUGUCAUUACGUGAUUACAGUGGAUCAAUGUGUAACGUCAGUCAGAUGGUCGAGGAUGCAAUAAAAAGCAACAAAUUACCUUGGGAUGACAGUGUCUGGGAACAUAAAUGCAUUGUUCUUACAGACGCCGCAGACGAAUGGUACCACCCCGAUUUAUCCUUUCCUCGGCCAUGUGACUAUGCUUGCAGGUGCGGUAAAGACCGGAGUAUGCCGCUGUACUUACAGCGAAAAAACAUUACCAACAUUAUAACCGCACGACCGUGGAAACUUGCCAACCGCAGGGUGAGCGAUAGCUUAACGCGUAUGUUCCAAAUUUCCGGCGUUGCGAACUACCAAACCUUGGCGGAAAAUGUCAUUAAUGUUUUAGCUGAGAAAGACGGUAUUUUGCAAAAGGCUCAACAAAGCAAAUGCAAUGAUUUCUUGAAGAAAUUAAAGAACAAAAACAUGAUAAAUCUCAUGACAAUACCAGCUAUUUGUGUGCAACUCGUUCAUCAGUUUUACGUUGGACGUUUAAUGGAAGAUUCAUUAUGUGCUAUAUACAUGAAUAUGCUAGAUAUGCACAUAGCCAAGGGGUUGCACAAACUUCAAAUUAAAGAUUUUGACACUGAAGAAAUUUGCGUUAAAGAAAUAGAACACAUAUUUGGAACCGGAAAAAAUAAGUAUAUGUCGGCUAAUGGGUCGCUGGUUCGCUCUGCAAGUGCGCUUGCGUUUAAAACACUAACAGACUCUAGUAAACAAUCGUCGCUAGUCUUUGCGGAAAACACAAUCGCAAACCACAUGACGAAAACACAACUUGAUUACUUACUUCAGACAGGGAUUAUCACAAAGAAAAAAUCGUUGGCGCUUAGCCCGCAAAAGAAUAUUCCAUACAUGUUUGUACACAAAACUAUUCAGGAGUUUCUAGCAUCGAUGCAUAUUGCAAUUAAUCAGACGGAUAUUGAAGACAUCCUGAAAGACAUACAGAGGGUGAAUUGUGAUGGUGAGUCUAUUCUGGACAUCGGUCAGUUAUUUAUCUUUACGUGUGGAAUGUGUGCUCCAGUGGCUGAAAGAAUGUCAAAGCACAUGAUGGAUGUCAUAACAAGCGACAUGAAAAGCCAGCUGCUUUCUAUUUCAGACCAGGAGAUGGAUCUAUUUUCCACGCCUUAUUUAGCACAAAGAAUUUUAUUGGGUGGCUUUAUUGAAAGGUUGGCGAAUAAACAGCCGUGCUUACAACUGACACUCACUCAUAUAUCACUUGAUGAUUAUAGAAGACCUACCAUCAAGGAAAUCGAUGCUUUAAAUACGUUAAUAGAUAUGAACAUCUCAAACAUCACAAGCAUGGAUGCAUUUUACUUUUCCAAUUCUCAACAGUUAUUAAAUCGUGUACAGGAAAUUAUUUCGCAAUCGAGAGAAUCAUUGUCGUAUCUGCGGCUUACAGACACGAGUCACUCAGACCUUCAAUUAGACCUACAGGGUCUUAAGCUCAAGAGCUUAUUUUGUGCAACAAAUACCGUUUUAAAGCGCGGCUCAUUAAAAAAUACGGUAGUUGGUAUGCAAGCACCUAACCGCUGUUAUAUUCCCCUGUACAUAAGCACAGUCAUGGGAGAAAAGAUCUUCAACUGUGAAACCGACCACCCACCAGUCGUCAUGAUGAAGUGCCUUGCCUCUUGA